GAAUGGCGAUUUGUCAUCCGGAGGCUCAUUUUGAUGGCCUUCUUCUUUGUAUGGAUGUACACCCUUGCAGAGCACUACUGCGUGCAAGACGGGACAGUCAACAAGGAGGUUUGUGUCCUCCUGGCCUUCACGGCACCCUUAAUGAGUAUUUCUGUGAGCCAAAGGUUCCAUCGCGGAAUCCAAAUGAUUUGGCACACCCCGCACAGGUGGCGAUACUUCCACAUCUUCGGUUUUUUCGCAAUGCUUUUUUAUUUGGUUUCGUUGCGGGCCUUUCAACCGCAGCGCUGGGCGGCUCUCGUUGCUAUUCAUCCCUGGUUGACCUGGCUACAUCAGGCUCACUAUACGAUCCAUACCAGCGUUUUGGGCACUUUCGUGCUUUCCUGCGUGUCAUGCUUGUACGUCGCAACCGCUAGUGGUGUGAUAUUCUUGUUUUGGAAAACUGCGCUGAGGGUCCCGACCAUUGCCGAUGUCAAUACAGUGGAGAGUGGCCCGUUGCAAAGCAAUACAG